UUCUAACAUGCACCCAACCUCUCCCACGCUCCCAACCGCAUCAAACCCCCCCGCAUCUAGAGAUCCCAACCCAUCCACCACCCAACUUACGCAACCAUAUCACGCACGCAUCUCCGCGCUAGUAGAUCUAGUUUACGCGCAGAUGUGAGCUUACCUCACAAGAAUCCAAGAAGCGAUGUCGGACCUCCUAGAUCAGGGCCCUAGUGGGGACGCGACAGUCGAUGCGUCAGGUGAGGCCUCUUCGUCCACCCCUUUCAUUGGAGAUGAUAAGCACGUAAUCUUUCAGCAUUUUAAGUUUAAGAGCAAGGAAAUGGGUAGGGUGCAGCGCUACUGGUGCAAGCACUGCGGAGCGGACUUCAUGGGCACCGCAUCUCGUUGCGCUCAACACCUUACGGAUUGGGAGGGCAUGGGCAAGCGUGGAGUGCGCAAAUGCAUUGAAGCCCCUACGGAUGCGCGCGCAGCCGUGCGCGCUUUCCAGGAGGCCAAGGUGGACUCCCGUGCCGCUCAGGAUCGCGCUGAUAUGGAUGCCCUUGAGGCGGUCAGCGGCGCCAGCGCCAGCAGCAAGCGCGGGCGUAUUGGCGAGUACAUGAGCGGGAGCGUGCUGGCGAAGAAGGGAGCGGAUGAAGCCAUCUGCCUCUUGUUCGCCGGCCUCCGCCUCCCCGAGCGCCAUGCCGAUCAUCCGCUUUGGCGCAAUGCCGUGCGGAGCAUUGCGAGGGCGGGUAAUGGCUAUGUGCCCCCGUCACGCAAGUACAUCGGCGGAGCAGGGCUGCAGCAAUGCCGCCGCCGGAUCGAGGACGCUCUGAUCGGGAUUUCCGAGAGCUGGAGCGCCACUGGCGUCACCAUUGCGAGCGACAUGAUGACUGACCGGCGCGGCCGCCCGCAGGCGAACAUAAUGCUCGUCAACGACAGCGGCGCCGUCUUCGCCGAGAGCGUCGACUGCAAGAUGGAGAAAAAAACAGGCGGCUACAUUGCCGGCUUCCUGCGGCCGAUCGUGGAGAAGCUGGGCGCCGCGAACGUCGUUGCCUUCUGCACUGACGGCGGCAGCAACUACUACAGCGCCUGCAAACUACUGAUUCAGGAGUUCCCCAAGAUUGAGCACGUGCCUUGCGCCACGCACGUGCUCGAUCUGCUGAUGGAGGACGUGGGGAAGCUCCCUUGGGCCGCUGGCGUGGUGAAGGAGGCGAGCGAUAUUAUCACGUACAUGCGCAGCCACCACUGGACCCGCCAGUACGUUGAAAAUCCCGACGUCGCGGGGGGAAAGGGGCUACAGGUGCUGAGGCCUGCAGGGACUCGCUUCGGGACACAGUACAUUGCUGUGUCCCGCCUUGUUGCCGUGCACGAGAUCCUGGAGGGAAUGGUGGUGAGUGAGCUGUGGAAGAAGAAUUGGGCGGUGGGGUCGAGGAAGGCAGCAGCAGAUGCGUUCAAGAAGCAGAUCUUGGAUGAGAAGAAUGAGUGGUGGCCCAAGGCGGAGCUCUUCACUAGGGUGCUGGAGCUCCCAUUCAAUGUCAUGCGGGCGACAGACACAGAGAAGAAGGGGAUGAUGGGAAGCCUGUAUGACAAGAUGCUGCUGCUUACAGAGCAAAUGGAGGCGUUGCUGAAGAAGGAGACCCACGAGGUGCUGACGUCGACGGCUAAGAGUGCUAUUAAUGAGAUCGUGACAGCGCGUUGGGAUGGGAGCCUGGCCUGCCCGCUGCAUGUGGUUGGUCGGAUUCUUAAUCCGAUCAACCAGUCAGCGGACAUAUUCGGCCCCGACGUGGAGUGCACGAACGUGUUCAAGGAUUUUGUGCAGCGCCACUACGAGGGGGUCAUGGUCCCUCAGAAGAGGGGACCGCCCAAGCGUGCAACCCUUGUCAUACAGGAGGGGCUGGCGGAUUACUUGGAGUUGAGGGGGAGCUUUGGCAAGAAGGAGGCCAUUACUGACCGGCAGUUGGUCAAGGAGGGCACGCACACCAUGAAGGCAUGGUGGCGGUGGCACGGCACCGACCACCCCUUGCUCACGGCACUUGCACACCGUGUGCUGACACAGCCUGUGUCGGCUGCCUCCUGCGAGCGCAACUGGGCGGUGUGGGAUGCUAUCCACACCGCCCGGCGCAACAGGUUGGGGUCUCAGAAGCUGUCGGAUUUGGUGUAUGUUGCGCACAACUGGAACGUUGUGCGCAACUGGCAUGAGGAGGGGAUGGGGGUGGUGGUUGGGAACAUCCCUGACCCGCCUCUCCCCGCAGGCACUGGACCACUGGACCACUGGACCACUGGACCACUGGACCACUCGACCACUGGACCACUGGACCACUGGACCACUCGACCACUGGACCACUCGACCACUGGACCACUCGACCACUGGACCACUCGACCAGUGGACCACUCGACCACUGGACCACUGGACCACUCGACCACUGGACCACUGGUCCAUCGACCACUGGACUACUGGACCACUCGACCACUCGACCACUCGACCACUCGACCACUGGACCACUGGACCACUCGACCACUGGACCACUGGACCACUGGACCACUCGACCACUCGACCACUGGACCACUCGACCACUGGACCACUGGACCACUGGACCACUCGACCACUGGACCACUGGACCACUGGACCACUGGACCACUGGACCACUCGACCACUCGACCACUGGACCACUGGACCACUGGACCACUGGACCACUGGACCACUGGACCACUGGACCACUGGACCACUGGACCACUGGACCACUGGACCACUGGACCACUCGACCACUGGACCACUGGACCACUGGACCACUGGACCACUCGACCAGAGGACCUUCGAGCUGACCUCUUUGUCCACUGGUGGAAGCGAAGCAUUGCCGAGACCCCCAUUCUUCCGCACAGCCACAGCUUUAUAGCGAAGCUGCUGGAUAUGCUUGUACUGAGGCACGUGUCGCCCGGCGAGUACAUCUCAGCGGAGGGCGAGAUUAGCCGCCACCUGUACAUCGUGCGAUCUGGCACCGUUGAUGCCACGUGGAUCAAGACACAGGGGGGCGAGGGGGAGGGUGGAGAGGGGGAGGCUGGAGGGGGGGAGAGUAGGGAGGAGGAAGAGGAGGAUGAGGGCGAGGAAGAACUGGACGAGGAGGGGGAGGAUGAGGAGGGAGAUGAGGAUGGUGAUGGGGAAGGGGGAAGGGGAGAGAGAGGAGGAGGUGGAGGAGCGAGUGGGACGAGAGCGGUUACGAUCGAAGAGGAGUUUGAAGAGGAGUUGAAUGCGAUUGAGAUGGAAAAGCAGGAAAGGCAGGAAAGGCUGGAAGAGCAGCAAGAGCAGCAAGAGCAGCAAGAGCAGCAUCCCUUUGUCCCUUCCAACCCCUCGGCCGUUCUCCUCCGCUCCGACUCGCAGCGCCGCCAGCGCCAGCUCCAGAUAUCCCUCUCCCUCGGCUCUACCUCCGGGCGCACCCUCAAGACACCUGCCAUUUUCGAGGGUAGUCCCGCAACCGCCCCAAUCCCCCACAAGAACCCGCUAGCACUAGCAGCAGCAGCAGCGAUAACUGCAGGAGUGGGGGAAGCGCCAAGGAACCCGCUAGAAGUGGCGAUGGAGCAGGGGGGGGGGAAGGUGGAGCUGCAGCACCGGGCGGUGGAGGCGGGGUUUGUGAUGGGCAUGGAUGGGCUGCUAGAGGCGUUCGAGCUGCGCAUGGGGGAGGACGAGUGGCCCAAGCAGCGGGUGGCUUUCAUCUGCGUUGAAGCCACGUUUCAGGCCAAGACGGAGUGUGAGUUGCUACUGUUGCUGCUAGACGACCUGUUUGACACCCUAGAGAGCUUCCCCCAGCUGCUGCACGACAUGCGCUUCGCCCUGCGCCUGCCCAUGGGCCUGCACGAGGAGCAGGUGCACCCUUUGCUCUCGAGAAGCCGCGCUGUCGUCAUGUCCGCUUCAAUGCGGGUGAUGAUGAGCGAGUGAUGACAAGGUUUGGCUUUAUUGGCGCCAGAUUCCUGCUGUCUCGGAUCGCUUCCUUUCUUUAGAAAGGAAUAACUAUGGCAAAUGGCUGGGUAAUAAAUAUUGGAGUGCCAACCUCCAUCCCUACUUGUUGUAGAACCUAUAUGUGCAGUACUCGCAAUUCUAUAAAUUAGCACGUGUUGUAUUUAAGUGUAGUUUUGCCUUUAGACGGGUUUAUUAGAGGUCAACGUGGCUCUCGUUUUUAUGAGCUGGGCUCAAGUGUA